AUGUCAGAGGCACACACGAUGCCAGUCAAAGACCCAUUCGUCCCCAAGCAAAUGAUGUCCAAGACCGCGGCCCUCUAUCAGGAACUCACUGGCGAUUCCUCAAUUGAUACUGCUGCGCAUACGAUAACUCAUCUUUUGCCUCCAUUUACUGCAGAUGCCAUUAUUCACGACAACGGCUGGGGUACCGGCGAAGACACAAAAGCGAUCAUAGAAUCUCAUCUUCCCGAUGGUAUCACAAUCAAGGCCAGUGAUCGCAAUUGA